AUGGUGCUGCACGCCACCGCCGCUUUGCCAGACCUCGCGAGCGUCGAGUCCAUCGCCUCCGCGGCCUCCGGCCUGCACACCAACGUGCUCGUCCACGCAUCGGGCUACUUCCUCGCCGCGGCGUCCUGGGGCAUCCACGUCUUCCAGCUCUCCAUCGGCUUCGGCCCGGCGCUCGCCUGCUUCCGCCUCGGCCCCGUCGAGUACGCGCUCCGCGCCAUCUUGUUCGGCGGCUACGUCGUCCCAGAGCCUGGCUUCGCGCCCGACGACGACCAGGAGUUCGGCUUCGCGCCCGACGACCCCGACCUCCUCCGCAACCGCCCCGCGCUGGCGCAGUGCGAGCUCACGCUCAACGCCAAGGGCCUCAACGUGGCCCACGAGGCUUUCGUCGACACCGCGGGCGCCGCCGAGCACGCCGCCGCGGGAGGCCUCUGGGACACCGCCGUCAUCGCGUCCGCGCGCGCUGCCGAGCUCUACGGCCUCCAGGUCCUCGCCGAUGGCAUCCAGGGGGACGCCGGCAACGGCACACGCUUCGUCAUGCUGGCGCGGGACCCCAUCAUCCCGCCCUUCAAGACCUACAUCGUCUUCGGGCACGACACCAAGGACUACCUCCACGACAUCGCGCCCCAGUACACGGCCGAGACCCACUGCCUGCUCACCCACAACUGUAACAACUUCAGCCACGACCACGAGGUGGCGCAGCUCCUCGCCGCCACGCCACCGCACCUAUCCGCGCAGGCCAUCGCCACAGAGCUCGUCCACUGCGGCACCGAAGACAUCGAGUGCGCUGACGUUGUUGUCACCUCGCCCGUCAGGUGUUCGACGUUGGUCCUCUCCCAGACUGCCUGUGUUCUUGUGUCAGCAACAUCUCCUCCCUGCAACACCUUUGCACAAGAAUUCAACAUCAGCAAGGGAGUUUCAUCAAAGGAGAGGGUCAUGUUCUGUCGUGAUGCUAGCACCAGUGAUGCCUACAAGGUGUUCAAGAUGCAACAUAAGUUCAGUGAGUUGGAAACACUAUGGCCACCAUCGGCAUGGAGAUGUUCAGUUGGUUCUAGAGCCGCCAAAGGGACAGUGAGAAGAGUGGUUCUGUACUCUGAAUUAGUUCACUACCAGAUGAAUGAGAUAAUAGCUAGAGGUCAUGCACUGAUUAACCAUGUUGCUAGGAAAGACUCAGCUGCUGCAGGGAUUUCAUUUCAAAAAAAAUAUUUGUCAUCCAAGCAGAAACAUGAUGAAGCUUCCUUGGUGAGCUGUGAUGCUGGGCUGCGUCCUCUACCAUGGCCGUCGUUCAACAUGGUUGAGAGGUAUUCUGUCUUGUGUCACUUGGGUCGACUCUGGAAAACCCCAUGGUUUCCAUCACUUCGACAACUGAUCAGGUGUGUACCAGCUACUGCUCUUCAGAAGCUUUUGACAUGUAUGAUGGUGCUAUCAGUGAAUACGGCUGGCUGUAUACUGAUUCCAGAGAAGGUUUACGGCAAUGGGUACCUGACUUGUUGCAUUGAGUUGCAGCCAUGGCCACCGCCUAUAAUACUUCCUGCAACUGGCCUAUAUUAUCCUAUCAACACGUUGGUGCUGGCUGACAAUUCAGGACUGGUACAGCUUUCACAUUGCAAUGCUUCCACAGCCUCGCAACAACUUUUCUCAGUUCGCGUACAAGUCUCCGAUGAAACCAGACAUGGAGAUCGUUUGAGCAUGGUUAGGACUGUCAACAUGUCAAGAAUGACUCUAUGGCCGCUGGUGUGGGACUUUGUUGACACAACUGCUAUAUUCAUGAAGAUGCCUUGA